AUGGACUUCUUUGAAGUGGACUGCUCCUUCUUCGUUCGCUUCUUCGCUUUGGAUGGAGUUGACCCGGACGCGACUGGCUGUUCGCGAGAUGGCUCAUCGGACAACUCAGGAUCAGACUCGAAGGCGGCAUCGUCAGAGCGGGCAUUCGUCGAGCUUAUUAGCUUCCGAGAGCUCGGCGUGCAGGCCAGCAGGCACCCUCUGCCGUUUAUUCGAGCUCAUGACGCAGUUUCGGAGAGAAGCGAGAAGGGCGGAGCCGGCAAGCCGGCGCAGGCGCGCGAGCGCACGUCGGAACUGUUAACCCUAGGUCACGCGCCGUUAGGGUUGGCUCGCGCAUAUCGCGAGCGUCGAAGUCGUCUUCGUGCCUCAAUUCGCUCUCUCACCACCAGAGUUAACCAUGAGAGAGAAGUGGAAGAAGAAGCGCUCCCGCCGUCUCCGUCGCAAGCGCCGAAAAAUGCGGGCUCGCUCCAAGUAAGCGAGUCUCAAGACCGCUGA